AUGAUAUUUGGAAAUGCCGAAAAGCCGGAAUUCAAAAUUUAUGAAUUCAACCAGAAUCUGGACUCAAAUUCGUCGUUUCCAGGAAAACGGUUUCUGGGUCACGUGAUUGAAGAGUUUUCCACGAAGCGUCAGGUAAUCCACUGCGCAUACGAGUGCCUCAAGUCGAGCCGGUGCGCGUCCUUCAACUACGAGCACGUGGCGGGCACGUGUCAGGUGAACGACGCGGACCACGUGACGGACCCUGGCGGGCUUGAGCACGAGGAAAAAGGCACAAGAAGCGAGUACCAUCUCAGGAACGCCUUUACAAUUGAUGAGGAGGCACUAGGGCCGUGCGCGGUGGGCCCGUGCGAGAACGAGGGACGGUGUCUGGAUACCUUCAACCACCGGAUGGAGCGGACCUUCUAUUGCAUUUGUACAGAGGAGUUCAUGGGAGACACCUGCGCUCAGAAACGAAACCAAAUUGCCUGGGCAGAGUGGGAGGACUGGGGACCUUGUUCUGUAACGUGUGAGGAGGGCUGGACCACGCGACGUCGCCGCUGUGUUGACGUCGUCACGUUAGAGACGCUCUCGCCAUCGCAGUGUUACGGUCGUGACGUCGAAUACACGUCUUGUUCUCUGCAGUCGUGCCCGCGAUGGGAGGCGUGGUCUGAAUGGGGUAAUUGCAGCACAGAACACACAUGCGGACGAGGCGUAAAACACCGGCACCGGAACUGUUCUAAUGGCGGGGUUCCGGGAAGGGACCGCUGGUGUCUGGGAUUCCCAAAAGAGACGGCUCCGUGCGAGGGAAUACACUGUAGAGGCAUGUUGGUGGUGACGGACAGUGAACUACACGGGGACGGGAGACUGGAGAUCCAGAGCGACAUCGACUACACCAACAUGGCGGUAUGCGCAGACCAGGGGUGGGGCGUCACAGAGGUUGACAUCGCUUGCAGGCAGAUUGGAUUCCAGGGCGCCGGUCACGGCGUUGAAAACAAGACAUACACCGUGUCGCUGUUGGCGCCGGGGGCCAAGGUGGUGGAGCUUCUGUGUUCCGGUUCGGAGUCCACUAUACAGCAGUGUACGCGGGAACCAGUAUACGACUGCACCAUGCUAGCCGGGAUACAGUGCAGAAUCAAGGGAGGUUGGAGCCUGUGGAGUGGGUGGGGAGAGUGUUCCGUCACGUGCGAGGACGGGAUGCGUACACGGACACGUGACUGUAACCACCCACCCCCGAACUACGGGGGCACGCCCUGUCCCGGAGACCAGAGUCAGCAGAAACCAUGCACAGAGAUCAUGUGCCCGAUCGAUGGUGUUUGGGUCACGUGGUCUACUUGGAGUGAAUGUGACGUCACGUGUGAGAAUGGCACGCGGUUCCGGACACGUACGUGUGACGGACCGUUCCACGAUGGCGCCGAGUGUCCUGGAGCGGACCAGGAAGUGGAAGAUUGUUUCCCAAGGAUGUGCCCAGUGGACGGUGUAUGGCGCCAAUGGCUGGCGUGGAGCGAGUGUUCCCACACGUGUGGCUACGGCACGCGCAGCCGGUCCCGUACAUGCGAGGGACCAUUUUACGACGGCGCCGAGUGUCCCGGGGUACCAGACGAGGUGGAGUCCUGCAACGCCUUCUCAUGUCCAGUUGACGGCUCGUGGAAGUUGUGGAGCACGUGGGGUGAGUGUAGUGUCACGUGCGGGGGCGGCAUGCGAAACCGGACACGUGAGUGUGACAUGCCAGAGUUCGGAGGAGAAAACUGCGCGGGGCCAGCCGACCAAUCCGAGGGCUGCAGCGAUUUCCCAUGCCCAAUUGACUGUGUGUUCGGAGAAUGGAUCGGGUGGAGUGCGUGUUCCGUCACGUGCGCUAACGGCACACGCUGGCGGUCACGUGAGACUUUCGGCCCCUACUUCGGCGGCCAGGACUGCACGGGCGCAACGUACGAUGAAGAGGUUUGCGUCACCGAGUCAUGCCCGGUGAACGGUGUCUGGGAGCUGUGGAGUUCUUGGCAGACUUGUAACGUGACAUGUGGAGGUGGAACCAGGCUUCGUGAGAGGGCUUGUGAAGGACCUUACUACGGGGGACUGGAUUGUGAGGGGUCCCCUGAAGAACGCGGGAAUUGCAACACGCAUGAGUGCCCUGUCGACGGAGAAUGGAAUAGUUGGUCAGAUUGGGAGACAUGCAACACGACGUGCGGUGGGGGAUCUCAGAGAAGGUCAAGGACGUGCAAUCAGGCGUUGCAUGGCGGACAAGACUGCUUCGGGACAUCUGAAGACUGGCAGGAAUGUAACACCCAAGCGUGCCCAGUUGACGGUGAGUGGGAUACGUGGGGUCCAUGGGCCGAGUGUAACGUGUCUUGUGGCGGGGGCGUGGCGUUGAGGUCACGCUUGUGUCACGAACCACUGCACGGGGGUGACACUUGCGAAGGAGAGGCGGAGGAAGUCAUGACGUGCAAUGAGCACACUUGUGCAGUUGACGGCGUGUGGCAGGCGUGGUCCAACUGGACGGAGUGCACGCUCACUUGUGGCACUGGUUCCAAGCAUCGUAACCGCGUGUGUGACGGGCCCUACCUAGGGGGUAACGACUGUGACGGGCCUGUAGAAGAGGUGAAGGACUGCAACACACAUUUAUGCCCAAUGGACGGAGUAUUCAGCGAAUGGAGCGAGUGGUCGGAAUGCAGCCACUCGUGUGGCCGCGGGAACACCUUCCGGAAUCGCACGUGCUACGGACCGUACAAUGGCGGCGCUCCUUGUGAAGGCCCCGCCUUUGAGACCGAGUACUGUAACCCCGCCAGCUGUCCAGUUCACGGCGUUUGGAACCCUUGGCAGGUGUGGAGCGAGUGUAGCGUCACAUGCGCUAACGGCACGCGGGAGCGUAACCGCACGUGCGACGGGCCUUUUUUUGGCGGGGAUGAGUGUAAUGGGGACGGCACACACGUGGAGGAGUGCUGGCUCCGCUGGUGCCCUGUUGACGGAGUGUGGUUAGAGUGGACGGAAUGGGACGACUGUCCGGUGACGUGCGGGGGUGCUUUGCAGAACCGCACCCGGGUGUGCGAGGGGCCGUUCUAUGACGGUCUGCCUUGUGAGGGGCAGGCAGAUGAGGCACAAGACUGCAACACUCUACCAUGUCCGGUGGACGGGUCAUGGUCUCUGUGGUCCAAGUGGGCCACGUGUAAUGUGACGUGCGGGGGCGGCACCACGGCGCGCUUCCGGUACUGCACAGAGGGGAUACACGGGGGUUCAAACUGCACGGACAACGCGGAGGAGUACAAGAAAUGUAACACGCAUGAGUGCCCGAUCGACGGAAAAUGGGAUUCAUGGGCGGAGUGGGCGGCGUGCAGCCUAAGCUGCGGCGCUGGGGAGCGCAGCCGGAACCGGAACUGCACGGGACCAUUCUUUGGGGGCGCCGACUGCGAGGGACUCGGGAACGAGACGGAACCAUGCAAUACACACGCAUGUCCAGUUGACGGGUCCUGGGGAAGUUGGAGAGUGUGGUCGGCGUGCUCCAAGUCAUGUGGCACGGGUCGCCAGCUGCGCGUGCGCACGUGCGAAGGGGUCACAUCCGGGGGCACAGACUGUAAAGGGGAUGCGCAGGAGAACCGCCCGUGCAACGCGCACGAUUGCCCUGUGGACGGUAUAUGGGAGACGUGGGCAUCCUGGGGCGCGUGCAACGUAACUUGUGGGGGCGGCACGCGCUGGCGGUCACGUGAGUGUGAUGGCCCCUUCCACGGUGGGGCCGAGUGUCCGGGAUCCAACAUGUCUGCCGAGGCAUGCAACACGCACGAGUGUCCCAUUGACGGAGUGUGGGAGGACUGGAGUGUGUGGGACGAGUGUUCCGUCACGUGCGGUGGCGGCGACCAAUCUCGGUACCGCGUUUGUGACGGACCUUUGUAUGGGGGUGCCAACUGCUCUGGUCCGGAAGUGGAUACACGGGACUGCAACACACACCACUGCCCCAUCGAUGGCAAGCUAACAGAGUGGUCCCAGUUCUACGCGUGUGACUUAAGCUGUGGGGACGGCAUCCAGUGGCGAAACCGCACGUGCGAGGGACCAUUCUACGGGGGCGCAAACUGCACGGAACCCCUUGAGGAUUUCCGGGAAUGUAACACGCACAACUGCCCAAUUGACGGGAUGUACGGACCGUGGUCAAGCUGGGAGGAGUGUAGCCUCACGUGCGGCAAGGGGAUCACGUGGCGCAAACGUACGUGCUACGGGCCCUUUUACGGAGGCGCCGAAUGUGAGGAGCCUAGCAGGGAUAACCAGACAUGCAACGACUUCCAUUGCCCAGUGGACGGUGUUUGGGAGGAAUGGAGCGACUGGGACGCUUGUUCAGUCUCGUGUGGAGGCUCGAUGCACGCACGCUACCGGAACUGCACCGGCCCCUUCUACGAAGGGGCUGAGUGCGCCGGGCCCGAGCAGGAAACGGAGAAUUGCAACAUGCACGAGUGCCCGGUCGACGGAGUGUUUAGUGAAUGGAGCGCGUGGCUCGAAUGUGACGUCACGUGUGGCGGAGGGAUACAGUGGAAAACCAGGUCGUGUGUAGGACCGUUCCACGGCGGCGCAAACUGUGCCGGACCUUAUGAAGAAUCCCAGCACUGCAAUACACACGAAUGUCCGAUCGAUGGUAAAUGGCAGGCCUGGGCUAGCUGGCAGGAGUGUAGCACUACAUGCGGGGGUGGGGAGCGCAUCCGUACACGGGUCUGUGACGGACCCUUCCAUGGAGGGGCCGAGUGUCCCGACUCUGAUACCGACACAGAAGUGUGCGGAACAGCCCUUUGUCCAAUUCCCGGUCUGUGGAACGCCUGGUCGCCCUGGUCUCUAUGCACGGUCACAUGCGGUGGUGGCAUUCGGAACAGAAAUCGCACGUGCGACGCGGACUCUUUUGGUGAAUUGACCGCCCCGUGUGAGGGAUCGGAAGACGAAGAAGACAUAUGCCACACUUUUGAAUGCCUCCCACUAGCGAUCCACUGUGCCGACUGGGCCUCACGUGGACUGAACCAGAGCUGUAUCGCUGACGUUGAUCCGGACGGCGAGGAGUCAGUUUACGGGCCCGUUCAAGUAGAAUGCGACUUUGAUACCGAUCCAGGGAAAGCCGUUACAGUUAUACAUCAUGACCAGGAAAACCGUACCCAGGUAAAGGGUUACGAGGGCGCGGGCGAGUACCAGGCUAUCCUUAUAUACGACAUAGGUUAUGACGAGGCCAUCCAGAUCAUUUCGUCCUCUGAAGAAUGUGCGCAGUUCAUGAGAUGGGACUGUCUUGCUGCCAUCAUCCACAACCCUUUCAAUCCUGAUAUGUUGACCACCUUCUGGAUGAACCGUACAGAGCAAAUGGCGAACUACUUUGGUGGCGCAACUCCCGGAAGUGGCAACUGCGCAUGCGGAGAGACGAAUUCGUGCUUCAACAGUUCUCUCCCUUGUAACUGCGAUGAGAAUGACGAUGUUUGGCGUUAUGACGAGGGUUUUGUUACUAAUAAAGACGAACUCCCCGUUCACUCGUUUUUCGCUGGUGACACUGGUGGUUCCUCCGAAGAUGGAUACGCAACAUUGGGCCCUCUCCUCUGCAGUGGAAAUGCCUAG